GCGAGAAAAAAAAAUAAGAAAAUUAAGGAAGAAAUCGUUGAAUUUAAAUUAACAUUGGAACAAAAAAAGGAAAGGGGUCCCAUUGACUAUGAAGAUGAAGAGAUCAUCGGGAUGCUGCACGCUGUUAUGCUAGGGAGUGGACCAGGACGCGGUAGACGCGAGUGGUAUCCUGGAUUUUAUCUUCAAAGUCGUAGAUUAGGUCGAAGAAUGAAUCGUGGCGAACAGGAAACGUUGUUUCGGCAAAGCCGACAAUUGACACGAAUUGUACCAUCCCAUGAGGAUCUUGUCCUUAGUGUACUCAAAGCUCCCAUAAGUCAACAACAGCAGCAACAACAACAACAACAACAGCAACAUAGACACUAUAAACAACAACAACAUCAAACUCAUUUUCAGGAACAUCAUUUCAACUGUCAAACACGUUUGGCUCAUGGCAGGUGUAAUCAUUCAGGUGAUUUGUACAACAACGAGAGUCUUCCACGAAGCAAGGACCACCAUCACCAUCACCACCACCAUCAGCAACAACAACAACAACAACUACAACAAUGCACUACCAGGCUUGUUGAUAAAAGAUGCAGCAGCAGUGGUAGCAGUUCGGCUGCAGUUUAUGCUGCAUUGCAAGGUAGCGAGGAUGAUGAACUUGCCGAUGUUGAACAUUGUCUUGAAUCGGAAGACGUGGCCUUGAAAACUGGAGGAAGUGAAACAGAAGAUACUGAAGAUAACGGUCCACCUAUGGAAGAACCACACCACCAUUCGCCUAAUCGUAGGUUCACUUUUUUACGUCGUUUCCGUUCACCACGAUUCGGUGAAGCUCAUCACAAACGUGUACCAACCCCCAUGAAAAGGAAACACAGAAGGAAGAAAAGUAAAGAUGAUAUUAUUGAAAAUGAAGUUAACGGUGCUGACGAGGAAGAACCACCUAGUCCUGAUCAAACUGGUGUACCUGAUCCUUAUUAUCCUAUUUAUUUACCUAUCGAUCAGGCAUUCAAAGCUAAAUAUGUGUUCCAUCAUAAAAAAGGAAAAACAUUUCAAGAAAGGCUUUACGUUUUUCUCGAACAUCCAGGUGGUUGGCUAUGCUUCGUCUAUCAUUUCACUGUGUGAGUAUAAUAUCAUAAUGAUUA